AUGGUGCAUGCCCUUACAGUGCUGGUGGACAGUCCUGUGCUUAUUGUUGCCAUCCUGAUCUCGGGAAUCGGUGGAACGUUUCAGUACGGCUUCCAAAUCUCUUCUCUCAACUCCCCUUCCCCUUUUAUUAAAGAGUUGAUCAACGCCACAUGCCUCCAACACCACGGUCUCUCUCUGGAGCACUGGCAGCUGUCCCUCAUCUGGUCCUUCAUCGUCUCCACCUUCUGUAUCGGAGGUCUGCUGGGCUCUCUGUGUGCUGGGCGUCUGGUAGCCACAUACGGGAGGAAGAGAUGCCUUUUACUCAAUAACUUAGUGGCAAUGUGUGGAGCUGUGCUGAUGGUCCUGAGCAAAACCGCAAUGUCUUUUGAGAUGAUCCUGGUUGCUCGUCUCAUCUAUGGAAUCAAUGCAGGUAUUUCCUUGCCUGUCCACACCAUGUACCUGACGGAGUGUGCCCCUAAGAGGCUGCGGGGGAUGGUGGGAUUCUCCGUCACCACGUUUGGCUCCAUGGGGAAGUUUGUUGGCCAGCUGCUUGGGAUCAGUGAACUGUUGGGGACCGAGGAGCGAUGGAUCUGGCUGUUGGCUUUCAGUGGUUUCACUGGUUUUCUGCAGCUGCUGAUCCUGCCUUUUCUCCCGGAAUCACCCCGUUUUCUGCUGCUGGAACGUGGAGAUCAACAGGGCUGUGAGAAAGCCAUCCACAAGUUGUGGGGGAGAAGAACGGACCACCGUAAGGAGGUGGAGGAGAUGCUGGUGGAACACGCUGCUCUGAAGGGCAUGCAGAAUCGUGGCGUGACCGAUCUUCUGUUUGACCGGUCCAUGCGUUGGCAACUCCUCACUGUCCUCGUCACCGCCGUCACAAUGCAGCUCAGUGGCAUGAACGCCGUGUACCUGUAUGCGCUUGACGUAUUCCGCGCUGCCGGCAUUCCGGAGCAUCAGCUGCGUUACGCGUCUUUGGGGACAGGCAUGUGCGAGUUCUGCACGUCCAUUGCUUUCGUAAUGGUGGUUGAGAGCACAGGAAAGAAAAUGCUGAUUGUCAGAGGAUACCUGUGCAUGGCAGCGACUCUAGGUCUCCUCACUCUCACACUCUACCUGCAGAACUAUGUGUCCUGGAUGCCCUACUGCAGCAUGAUCCUCAUCUUCCUCUUCAUCUUUUUCAUCUCCAGUGGGCCAGCUGGAGUAACAGCGCCCCUCCCUGGAGAAAUCUUCCCACAGUCCCUGAAAGCAGCAGGAUUCACUAUAGCCUGCACCCUCAACUGGCUUGGCCUGUUUCUUGUGGGCAUGGUCUUCCCCAUCAUUGUGGAGCAUUUGGACUAUUUCUGCUUCCUUAUAUUCCUGGUCUUUUGCCUCUUCGCCGGGCUGUUUGUGUGGCGGAACGUUCCGGAGACCAAGAACAGGACGGUCCUGGAGAUCACAGCAGAGUUUCAGAGAAUACACAACCCAGCUGCUCCCACAAUGGAUGCCAAGGCAGACCAGCUAGAGGCCAAUAAUAACCACUCCAGCCUUUCUACCAGACUAUGA